UCAGGCCCUUCAUCAGGGAGAGGAUGUACAGCCAAGUGGAGCAUCCAGCCGGGGGCUACAAGAAGCUCUUUGAGACGGUGGAGGAACUGUCCUCUCCAGUGACCACCCAUGUCACAGGCCGGAUUCCUACCUGGCUGCGAGGAAGCCUCCUGAGGUGUGGUCCUGGCUUGUUCGAGGUGGGCUCGGAGCCCUAUUACCACCUCUUCGAUGGCCAGGCAUUGCUCCACAAGUUUGACUUCAAGGAGGGGCACGUCACCUACCACAGAAGGUUUAUCAGGACUGACUGUUAUGUGCGAGCAAUGACGGAGAAAAGGAUUGUUAUAACGGAGUUCGGCACCUACGCUUACCCAGACCCCUGCAAGAACAUCUUCUCCAGGUUCUUCUCCUACUUCAAAGGUGUGGAGGUCACAGACAACGCCCUGGUUAACGUCUACCCUGUGGGUGAGGAUUACUAUGCCUGCACCGAGACCAACUUCAUAACCAGGAUUAACCCAGACACCUUAGAGACAAUUAAGCAGGUGGAUCUCUGUAAAUACGUGUCCAUUAACGGGGUAACGGCUCAUCCCCACAUUGAGGACGAUGGGACAGUUUACAACAUUGGGAAUUGCUUUGGAAAAAACUUUGCCCUCGCCUACAACAUCAUCCGGAUUCCACCACUGCAGGCAGACAAGGAGGACCCGAUGAACAAGUCACAGGUGGUGGUGCAGUUCCCCUGCAGUGACAGGUUUAAGCCGUCCUACGUCCACAGCUUUGGGCUGACCUCAAACUACAUUGUGUUUGUGGAAACACCAGUGAAAAUCAACCUCCUCAAGUUCCUCUCCUCCUGGAGCCUCUGGGGAGCCAACUACAUGGACUGCUUUGAGUCCAAUGAAACCAUGGGGGUGUGGAUCCAUGUGGCCGAGAAGAAGAAGGGCCGGCUCCUCAACAUCAAGUACCGCACCUCGGCCUUCAACCUCUUCCACCACAUUAACACCUAUGAGGACAACGGGUUCCUCAUCGUCGACCUCUGCACGUGGAAGGGGUUUGAGUUUAUUUACAAUUACCUGUACUUGGCCAACCUUCGGGGAAACUGGGAUGAGGUGAAGCGCCACGCAGAGAAGGCCCCGCAGCCUGAGGCCCGCAGAUAUGUCCUGCCCCUCAACAUCGACAAGGCUGACACAGGGAAGAACCUGGUCACCCUGCCCUACACGACAGCCACAGCAACACUGCGCAGUGACGAGACCAUCUGGCUGGAGCCUGAAGUGAUUUUCUCAGGGCCGCGUCACGGUACAAAUGAGACCCCAAAUCCCAACAGCACAAGUACUGCCUGCACUCCCUGCCCCACUGAUCCUCAUGCUUUUAUAUAUUUAUUUUUUAUUGCAGCCUUUGAGUUCCCACAGAUCAACUACAAGAAAUACAGUGGGAAGCCAUACACAUAUACGUAUGGGCUGGGGCUGAAUCACUUUGUCCCAGACAGGCUCUGCAAGCUGAACGUUAAGACCAAGGAGACCUGGGUGUGGCAGGAGCCGGACUCGUACCCGUCGGAGCCCAUCUUUGUUUCCCAUCCGGAUGCUCUGGAGGAAGAUGAUGGGGUUGUGCUGAGCAUUGUGAUCAGCCCAGGCACGGGGCCCAAGCCUGCCUACCUGCUCAUCCUCAGCGCCAAGGACAUGAGCGAGGUGGCCCGGGCCGAGGUGGAGGUGAACAUCCCUGUGACCUUCCACGGGUACUUCAAGAGAGCGUGA